AAAAAUUUAGAUGUUUUGUUUGAAUUUGAAAUGAAAUUUCAUAAACAUGUUUAUACAACAAUAAAUAAAUUUAACUCAAUUUUAGGCUUGAUUAAUAGGCACUUCAAAAAUUUAUUUAGAGAUUCUUUUGUUACACUUUCUAAAUCUUUAGUCAGGUCAAAGAUAGAGUAUGCGGCGUGUGUAUGGUCCCUAUGGUCAUGGACAGACAAACACACAAAUGCCAUUUGA